AGCUCAACUAAUAUCUUCCAUGGUGUUCACGUUACUCCUGUUUGGAACCGGAACCCGUCCUUCCCGCCGGGCUGACACAGAUGUCUGCUUCUCCUGAAGAAGGUUUGGUCCAGCAGUGGACAAGUGAGCAGGCCCGUCUGAGACAGCAGCUGGUGGAGGAGGACACAGAGGAUUGGCAGAAGAGCCCGGGAUUCUCAGGCCUGGAGAGAGUGGGUGGAGUGGACCUCUCCUUCAUCAAAGGGGAUGAUGUCAAUGCCUGCGCCCAGCUCGUGGUACUCAGCUACCCUGACCUGGAGCUGCUGUAUGAGAACAGUCAGAUGGUGACCUUGACAGCCCCCUAUGUCGCCGGCUUUCUUGCCUUCAGAGAGACCCCCUUCCUCAUCGAGGCUCUGCAGCAGCUAGAGAGAGACAAGCCCGAACUUCUGCCCCAGGUGGUGUUUGUGGAUGGAAAUGGUAUCUUUCACUACAGAGAGUUCGGCCUGGCGUGUCACCUGGGAGUGCUGUCAGGACUGCCCUGUGUGGGUGUAGCCAAGAACCUGCUACAGGUGCAGGGUGUGUACAAGAGUGAAGAGCAUCAGUCACAGAUAGCUGCUCUGCAGAAAGGAGGAGACAGCUUCCCACUCACAGCCACCUCAGGCAAAGUGCUCGGAAAGGCGCUGCGCAGCUCUGACAAGAGCUCAAAGCCGGUGUAUGUGUCCGUCGGCCACAAGAUCAGUCUGGACGCAGCCGUACGCCUCACACACUCCUGCUGUCGCUACCGUGUCCCAGAGCCCAUCAGACAGGCCGACUGUCGCUCCAGAGAAUACCUUCGCAUACACUUCCCCUCUGCAGAUACAUGACUCAAAGAAUGAGGAAAUGGUGCAAUGAAGGAUCUCAGGGACUUUGAAGACCAACAACAGAAGACACCUAAGUGUGUUUUCUGAUCAGAAAGAAGAUGCUGUAGGUUUCUCGUGCUUUUAAAAGUGCAGGUGUAUCAGUCUGGGCGAAGAAGACACCAUCAGAUCAUCUUUUUAUGCACUCAGCCCAUAUUUAAACAGGAUAUGGGUCAGAUUGGAUCUUUUUAUAUACUGUCCUUAUUACAUUUUUGGGUCACUCAGCUUUUUACACUGUGAGUCUUUUAA